GAGGGGGAUAGGGAACACUACUGGAGACAGCUUGUCGAAAAAUACGGCAGUGUCGAGCUCGAGAACAAGGGUAGCGUUGCACGCGACCAUCUUGCGCUGGAAAGAACUUUUCUGGCCUGGUUGCGAACAUCUCUGUCAUUUGCAUCGAUAGGGAUUGCCAUUACACAGCUCUUCAGACUCAACACAUCGAUCGCGAAUGAAGACGGCUCGAAAGCGACGACUGCGGUCAACAACAUUGAUAGAGAGAAGUUGCGGCAGCUUGGCAAGCCAUUGGGAGUGACCUUCCUCGGAGUGUCAAUUCUCAUCCUUCUACUCGGGUUCCACAGAUAUUUCGAAAGCCAACACUAUGUGAUUCGAGGCAAAUUCCCAGCUUCGAGAGGAAGUAUUAUGGUGGUGUCGUUUGUGGCAGGAGCGCUGAUUGUGGCAAGUUUGGUUGUUGUUAUUUCUGUCGCUCCUUCUGCUUUCGAGACGUGA